AUGAGUAUGAAUGAAUCAUUUAUUGAUUCAGUCUUUACACUUGAUACUCUUGGGAAAUUGUCAAGUAGAAUCGGUUACCAAUCCUACCCAUCAAAAUAUUGCCAUUGGGUUGACGAUUAUGAAAAUGUUCUCUUGGCUGGUAAAAUUCCAGUGGUCGAUCUCGAUUUGAUAUUUUAUCGAUCCCAUUGUCAAGUUGAAUUCUUCUCUAGCAAAGAUAAUAGGGAAAUCAGAGAGAAAAUUUUUUCUUAA